CCAUGCCGCGCAUGCAGGAGGUCCACUCAUGGGAUGCGGUGCGGUGGGCAGAGUCUGCAAGGUCAGCUCGGCCAAAGCGCUGUCCUUCCUCAGCACGCUCCUGAUCUUCACCUACGCCUUCUACUGCCUGGCUCCGAGGACUUUUGACGAUGAGCGCCGAAUCCUCCCGGUGUCUCCGGUGUCGGCGUCCGAGUCCGAGUCCGAGCGGCUUCCCGGAGCGGAGAACGGAAGCGCCUCGGCGGCGGCGGCGGCGGCCGUGCAACCUCGCAGCCUUCUGGAGGACAGCCGUCCGCCGGCGUCCGACGCUUCCGGUAGCAAACGCUUCCCGCAGGCCAUCAUCAUCGGCGUGAAGAAGGGAGGGACCCGCGCCUUGCUCGAGUUCCUCCGGAUCCACCCGGACGUCAGAGCCGUGGGAGCAGAACCGCACUUCUUCGACAGGUUCUACGACAAAGGACUCGAGUGGUACAGGAACUUGAUGCCUCGGACCCUGGACGGUCAGACCACCGUGGAGAAGACCCCGAGUUACUUUGUCACGAAGGAGGCUCCGAGUCGGGUCCGCUCUCUGAACCGGCGAACCGAACUGAUCGUGGUGGUCCGCGAUCCCGUCACCCGGGCCGUGUCUGACUACGCGCAGACUCUUUCCAAGGACCCCGGCCUCCCCUCGUUCCAGAGUCUAGCGCUGAGGAACGCCUCGACGGGCCCGGUCGACACGUCGUGGAGCGCCGUCCGCAUCGGCCUUUACGCCCGGCACCUGGAGAACUGGCUCCGCUACUUCCCCUUGUCGCAAUUUCUCUUUGUCUGCGGGGAGCGAUUAGUGUCCGAUCCCGCCGGGGAGAUGGGACGUGUUCAGGACUUCCUGGGCCUGAAGAGGGCGGUUUCCGAAAAGCACUUUUACUUCAAUCGGACCAAAGGAUUCCCCUGCUUGAAGAAACCCGAGGGGAGCGGCAGACCCCGCUGUUUGGGCAAGUCCAAGGGAAGACCGCACCCUCGCAUUCCUCAAGAGGUUCUGCAAAAACUGCGAGACUUCUACAAACCUUACAACCGACGCUUCUAUCAGAUGAGCGGGCGAGACUUCGGAUGGGACUGAAAGCCCGACGAGGUGGCGUCGCUCGCUCGAGACCCUUCUCGGUUCGAGAGUCUGUUUUCAAGGAAGAACGCCGUCUCCGUCUCGGCUCCCGAAAGUCUUGAUCCGGUCUCGUCGAUUUCUGGUUCUGGGCAAGUGUCGCGGAUGGGGCGGGUCUCGGUGGAGAGCUCAACGCUAGUCUCAUGAAAGGGACCAGGGGUGACGCUUGCUCCAUCGGUCAGAUAAAAAACAUUGACCGCGGUAGUCGUCACGACCGCUUUGACCUGCGACUUCUUUUUGGUCGUGUAAAGGACUGGCGUCGGCGGUUUACUUUAUUCACAAGCGUUGGCUUCAUUUGUAUAGAAGGGAUGAGCCAAAGGGAAAACAUUCUUUUCCACUUGUUUUUGU